CGACUCCAAGGGUUGCGAAAAUGGAACCCUCCGGGAAUGAUUCCUCAUAUACCAGAGAGGAGUCACGCAGGUUGUGGCCGUGCUCCUGUGCCUUUCUAGACGGAUUGUGCCGUAGUUACGGAUUAGACAUGACCAAAGUUAAGUCCUAUUCACUACUUUCAUUGCUUUUAAAAUCCGAAGCCCUGUAUUUGCUACAUAUGUGCUACAUAAGUCUACUUAUAGCGUCACACCCAGAUGGAGAUAAGAAAUUCUCUAAUGCAGUGUUGUAUUUGCUACCUUCCCUGUGGCUAUUGAAGCCUCUGUUCGCCCUUAUAGAUGAUCACUCGGAUUUGAUACUGAGGAAAUGCGCACAGUGGUGUAGAAGGAUUAACGGCGAAGUUGACACUUCAAGGCCACCAACAGGCCGGAGCAGAAGCGUUAUGGACUCACUAGUAGACCUGAAUAAGCAUGCUAACCUAAUGCUAUGCGUGUCACAUAUCGGAAUCGUCACGUUGCUGUCAGCUAUCAUGUCAUAUUCAAAAAGGCAUCCAUUAAGCGGUGGAUGCGGACCACACCUUAUCGUGCUGGUCUCACUGUGUCAAAUCGCAUCAGGAGCUGUUAGUGACGGUGCAUUCUGCAGAUACGUCCAGUGCAACAGCGAACUCUCGGAAGUACAAUUCGCAUCGCUAAGGUUACUGUUCAUGAUAGGUUACGGGUUGUGCAACAUGCUGAGCGUGGUCAUGCCAUUCCCAAGAUCAACGGAUUUCAUCACCUGCUUCAUGACACUGAUUAACCUAGCACCCUGCUUUCUACUCGGAAACAGCGUAUGCGUUUUGUGGGUACUACUAUGCGACCCGGGAGAAUAUGAAGAAGCGGUUGACCAAAGUAAAAGGAAGAGGACUAUAUACUCACCCAAGGUAGCCAUAGCAUUCCUAGGACUCAUGUACCUUGCAAUGGCAAUGCGUAUGCCGUAUGAUACCCUAUUGCUAAAGGCAUCACGAAGGGGUGCCAUACCUGUAAUGACACUAGUGGGAUUAAGUCUGGCAACGAAAAUAGUAGUCAGCACAUUGAUGCUGCGCUACUGUAGCCUGAAAAGACUACUGAAAAUCGCAAAGUAUAUAUUUGUGGCAUGUAUUGUUGUGUACUGUACAGGAUAUAAAAUACCGCCACUGCCAUCAACAACGUCAAGUGUAUGGUACUUAACAUUCGUCGCAAUACAGAGUACAAGCCUACAUCAAAUACUCCUGACGUUCGGUAUAGUGAUGACAGUACGAUGCGCUCCAAGAGGAUGGGAAGCGUCAGUAAUGUCACUUGGAGAUCUCAGCUUCGACCUGGUGAUAUAUCUACAUAGAAGCAAAAUAUCACCACGCAAGUGGUUAUAUAAAAUUAUACCCUCAGAUAUCGCAAUCGAUAUUUGCGUAGUCUUCUUCUGCUUGUACUGCAUUUCCGUCAUAUUUGGGAAUGUGCAUAUUGCAGCGCUACUACAAAAUGAACGCAACGCGGCAAUUACAACAAGUGAGCUACCACUGCCAAUACAGGUGGGAGAGUACCCCUCGGCAAGUAUUGCAAACAGGGCUGCCGAUAUUCACGAAGAUGGCGCCUCAAGCGUACUGAAUGCCCAUGAAUGUCUCGAUAGUCAUGUGGACAAGUCACCGUGGGCAGCAGAUAGUGAAUAUUCAGACGGGUCAAAUGAAUCGUCCCAAUGAAUGUUCCAUCACAAAUACUAAUUUA